AUGAGGGCCGACUUGACGGCGGCGGGGCUCCACUCGGGGUGCGCCGCCUUCACCAGGGCAGCGAUCCCGCUGACGUGAGGACACGACAUGGACGUUCCUGCAAUCAUUCAUUCGAACCCACGAAGAAAUCAGUACGAAGGAGGAAGAGGAGGAGGAGAUGGCAGGAGCGGCGGUGCUUGUUUACCGGACAUGAUGUUGAACUGAGAUCGGCGGCGGUCUUUAGAGAGGCCGGUGGGGCCGACGGACCCUGACCAGGCGGCGAGGAUGUUCACGCCGGGGCCGAUGACGUCGGGCUUGAGGAUCUGCGGCGUCACCCCGUUGGGUCCCCGGGAGCUGAAGGCCGCCACCACCGGCGAUGGCCGCACGUUGAGCACAGUCCCCUGA